AUGGCCGGAGCCUGCUGCAAAUGUCCGGCCUCUCUGUCCGUGUUGAAGCGCUCUCUCUCGGUGGCGCCGCGAGGCUGCGGCUCCGCUCCCCCGCGGUCCGUCCUGCAGGGCUGGAGGAGGCGCGGGGAGAGGGGCCUGCAGGAGGCCACCAGACCCAGUAGCGCCCUCAGAGCCGCGGGUUUCUACCGACAAACAGCCUUUCUUUGUCUCUCCUGCCAGGAGUCCAUGAGCGACAGCCUGCGGACCUGCUACGUAUAUCUGAAUCAGACCAGCAGGAGCUUUGCGGCCGUGAUUCAGGCGCUGGACGGAGAGCUGAGACAUGCGGUUUGCAUCUUCUACCUGGUGCUUCGUGCACUGGACACAGUUGAGGACGACAUGACCAUCCCUCUGGAGAAGAAGGUGCCCAUGCUUAACAAUUUCCACACCUACCUGUACCAGGAGGAGUGGUGCUUCACUGAGAGCCAUGAAAAGGACCGUCAAGUUCUGGAGGAUUUCCCUACGAUAUCACUGGAAUUUAGAAACCUCGCUCAGGAAUACAGAGACGUCAUCUGCGAUAUCUGCCACCGGAUGGGAGUCGGGAUGGCUGAAUUUCUGGAGAAGAAGGUGGGAUGCAUGAAGGAGUGGGACCUGUACUGCCACUACGUUGCCGGUCUCGUCGGCAUCGGUCUGUCGCGGCUCUUCUCUGCCUCCCAGCUGGAGGAUCCGGAGGUGGGACGGGACACGGAGCUGGCAAACUCAAUGGGCCUGUUCCUGCAGAAAACCAACAUCAUCCGAGACUAUCUGGAAGAUACUCAGGAGGGACGGGCCUUCUGGCCAAAAGAGGCGUGGAGCCAGUUUGCGAGCCGUCUGGAGGAUCUAGCCCAGCCCGAGAAGCUGGAGUCGGCUCUGUCCUGCCUCAACCUGCUGGUCACCGACGCUCUGCGUCACGUCCCCGACGUCAUCUCCUACCUGUCUCGGCUGCGCAACCAAAGCGUCUUCAAUUUCUGCGCCAUUCCACAAGUGAUGGCAAUAGCUACCCUCUCAACGUGCUACAACAACCCGAUGGUGUUUCAGGGUGUGGUGAAGAUCAGAAAGGGACAGGCUGUCACCCUCAUGAUGGAAGCCACCAACAUGAGAGCAGUGCAGAGCAUCAUCGCCCAGUACAGCCAAGAGAUCUUACAGAAGGUCUCCCUCACCGAUCCGACGCGGGACAAAACGCUGCACAUCCUGGCUGUGAUCCAGGAGAAAUCGGCCCUUCCUCAACCCGACCUCAGCUCCAGGAACCACCACCUGUCUCCUGUGUACCUGUCGGCUGCCAUGCUGCUGGCCGCGCUGAGCUGGCAGUAUCUCAGUACGACAGCUGCCCAGGCGCAGGGCACAGGGGACAUGCAGUGACUCUCUUCCUGACUGGAAAAAAAAAAACCUCCGUCUUUUCCUGAACAUCUAGUCCUUCUCUUCCUUGGGAAACCUAAGGAUUGUCUUCCCACAUUGGAGUCUCACACCAGCUGUUGAAGAACCACAGACUUGUUGAACUUUGGGAUUCUUUUUGCAGCCUGAUCUAUAAAAAAUUCUGCGGUAUUGACACGUUCUCAUCCAUUUUGUGUUUGCCGCAAGAGGACAAUUUUAGGAUCUUAGAGAACAGCCAUCAACCUUUGUGAAAUUUCACUGAUUUUUGUUUUCUGAAACUUUAGCUUUUUUGUGUUCUUGUUGAAUCCUCACUUUGAGAGACACUUGAAAGUACGCCAGAAUUUGCACUGUUGGAUCACAUGGACAUAUUCUAUUAACCGAUUUAGAACAUUUCCUGUUUCAUUCAGUUUUCAACAACAUGUGGGAAAGGUCUUUCUGCUAAUUUUAUCAGUCAUGAACUAAAAUAAAAUGGAAUAAAGUGAAAUAUAUUUUGAACAAAAGGAAUUUGUUGGCAAAGUGUCCUUAACAGCUUUGGUGAGUAGAAAGGCUAGCAAAGAGUGACUUUGUACAGAACUAAAGGAGGGCUACAAACAUUGCUAUGUAAUGUGUCAUUUUCAUUUGUACAUAUUUGAAGAAAUAAGUUAAAGGCUGCAAUCUGUGUGAAAUCAGAGUAAGCUUACAACUUCUGUUUCGUUUUGAGUCAAAGAUGGAGAGCCUUGUUAAAAUGAACCUACAAAUAAAUAAUGUAUCUGGUAGCAAUUUUUA